UGUCUCCGUGGUGCUCGUCAUCAUUCUCCAGAUGCCAGUUUUCCCCUUUUCUAGGAAGCCCUCUCAUUGCCGCAGGCUGACUGAACCUGUUCUGGGAUCCCACAGCUCCUGGGCUCCCUCAUCCCGGCCCUGAAGACUCUGGGCUGUAGCUCUUUGGUAAUGGGUAUGUGUCCCCCACUGGACAGGGAUCCUGGUGAGGGCAGGGACCAGGGCUUUCCUGAUCCCUGCUCUGUCCCCAAAUUCAGCCAGCAGAGAAGUGUGCACGCAGCAGGCACUCAGUACACAUAUGCUGAACACCUGAGUGUCACCUACAGCUGCGGGGACACUGGGGCAAUCUGUGUGUUUCUCAGCCUUGCGUCGGGGGUUAAGGGGGCUGGAAUUACUCGGCGAGGUCCGGAGGUUGCGCGCCCUUCCAGCGGUGGAACCCGGGGGCCAGGUGGAACUCGGUGUAACAGAGCCCCCAGUGGUAGCGCCCCGUCUCAGAACCCGGUGCGGGAGACGUUCUCCCCGCCCAAAGAGGGAGGGCGGGCGGGACUCCCCAACCGGCUUGCCCGGGUCCCCCUGGGCCCCAUGAAUAACCAGGGGCGGACCCCAGCCCCCUCCUCGGUGCGGACUUCAACCUCAGUCCGGGCUUCUACCCCGACCCGGACACCCACUCCACCCCGGACCCUGACUGUGGUCCGGACUCGGACCCCCAUCCGGACACUGACUCCGGUCCUGACUCCGUCUCCAGCCGGGACUCCCACUCCGGUCCUGACUCCCGCUCCAGCCCAGAUCCCCACUCUGGUCCCCACUCCCACUCUGGCCCGGAUCCCCCGUCUGGUUCCGCCUCCUGCUCUGGCCUGGAUCCCUACUCCGGUCCCGACUCCUGCUCCCGUCCGGAACCCAACUCCGGUCCCGACUCCGGCUCGGACCCUGACUCCUCCAGUCCGGGUCCCAGCCCCAGCCCCAGCCCAGGUCCUGGCAGGGAUUCGGGCCGCGCUCCCCGUCUUGGACUCCUACCUGGCCCCGGCCCUACCUUUGGAUCCGCCCCCGGAACCUGCUCCGGAGCUGCCUUUGUCGCCCGAGGAGGACCCUGAGCCGGCGCCGAGCCUGAAGCUCAUCCCGUCGGUCUCCAGCGAGGCCAGGCCCGCCCCGGGGCCCCUUCCCGCGCGCACCCCGCUGGCCGCGAACUCACCCAGGCCCACCCUGGACUUCACCUUCAGAGCAGACCCGUCGGCCACCGGGCUGGCGGAUUCCCUCAUUCCCAGUCCUGUCCCCGCGCCCAUCCUGGGGACCAUCCCGUCGGCCAUCUCCUUACAGAAUUCUACGGAAACCUUCGCCUCCUCCAGCAAGAACUUAGCGCUGGACAAGAGGGUCCUGAUUCGAGUGACCUACUGUGACCUCUGAAGCUAUAGCCUUCGGUACAUUCUGCUGAAAAAGAGCCUGCAGCAGCAAUUUCCAAAUCACCUACUCUUUGUAAGUGUGUGGGGGUCCUGGGGGAGAGGGGGUGGUCAGGGACCUGAGAUCCCCAAGGGGCUUGGAGGGGAGAGCUUAGCCUCCCCUACCCUCACCAUUUCCUCCCAGGAGGAGGACAGAGCUGCCCAGGCUACAGGGGAGUUUGAGGUGUUUGUGAACGGGAGACUGGUCCAUUCCAAGAAGGUGAUUCUGAGGAAGGGUCCGGGACAGGGAGGUGGGGUGGUGCUGAGGUCCUGGGGGUGGGAGACCUGUGUGCUUUCUCCCCUCUGUGCCCAGAGGGGUGAUGGCUUUGUGAACGAGUCCAGACUGCAGAAAAUUGUGAGCGUUAUCGAUGAGGAGAUCAAGAAAAGGUAGCCGGCAAGGGGUGGAGCUGGAGGAGUCUCAGCGGGAUGAUGAGAAGGGCUGAAAUGUUGCCAAAUCAGGUCCUUUUCUGAUGGUGGCUGGGGCUGGGGUGAGCUCAGGGAGGGGAAGAGGAGAAUACAUGCAGAGUCUGCCCCCCUGUGUCCAGUCUGACUGUGUCUGCUGUCGCCACACUCACCUCUGAGGUCUUUGGAAGUCACCUGCUGCACUGCUCCCAGCAUCUCUGAUAUUCUGGCCCCAGGGGUGGGAGGGAGGGAAGCUUGGAAGGCUAGUCCUGUGGCUCCAGUCCUCUGUCUGGCCUCCACUCCUCUUGCUCCUGAGGGCAGUUUGCUUCUUUUGUGGCUUCGUCAUUUCCCAUGCCCUGGUUCCAGAUACAUUUUGAAAACCUUCCAUCUUAUUGGCAUUUUCUGGGGUUGUGAGAGAAACAGGGAUGGCAGUCAGUCUUAAAGCCGUGACACUCCAAACUCGAUUAUGCUCCAGGGCCCACUUUCUAAACCUG